GUAGGCUCCGCCUCUCGGCGGACAGGCCGCUCAGCAAGGGAAGGAGAGGCAGCGCUUCAAGAUGCACUGCCUGACUACAGCUACGCUGCUUCGGGCCCUGGCCCAGGCCGCACGUGCAGGUAGGACCAGGGGAGCCCUUCUUGGGGCGCAGGGGGGCCCAGCCUCCCGAUGUGAGGCCGCCGCUGACAGCGUCAUCCCCCUCCUUCCAGGGCACCCCAGUGGCCGGAGCCUCCACAGCAGCACGGUGGCAGCAACCUACAAGUUCGUGAACAUGCAGGAGACCUCGAUGGACAUGAAGUCGGUGACCGACCGGGCGGCUCAGACCCUGCUGUGGACUGAGCUCAUCCGAGGCCUGGGCAUGACCCUGAGCUACCUGUUCCGGGAACCGGCCACCAUUAACUACCCGUUCGAGAAGGGCCCGCUGAGCCCACGCUUCCGGGGGGAGCAUGCACUGCGCCGCUACCCGUCCGGAGAAGAGCGCUGUAUCGCCUGCAAGCUCUGUGAGGCCGUCUGCCCCGCCCAGGCCAUCACCAUCGAGGCCGAGCCGCGGGCCGACGGCAGCCGCCGGACCACGCGCUACGACAUUGACAUGACCAAGUGCAUCUACUGCGGCUUCUGCCAGGAGGCUUGCCCCGUGGACGCCAUCGUCGAGGGCCCCAACUUUGAGUUCUCCACGGAGACACAUGAGGAGCUGCUCUACAACAAGGAGAAACUGCUCAACAACGGGGACAAGUGGGAGGCCGAGAUCGCCGCCAACAUCCAGGCCGACUACCUGUACCGCUGACGCCCCCCGCGGCCCAAUAAAAAAGCUCUGCCCUCCCGCA